UUGUCUCAGUCAAGAAUGUUUGCGCAGCUGCUGAUACUUUCUGCCAACACACUCUUAGGAGCGAGUUUUAAAAUCGCAGGACGUUGUUCUCAAGGUUUAAGCAGUUCUAGAUUUUUAUCAUACCAGUUGAAAGAAUUUCUAAGAGCUAAAAUGGAAUCUGAUGCACUGGCAUGGGGAGAUAAACUCGUACUGAGGGGAUUGUCAUUCCAUGGCUUUCAUGGAGCAAAGCCAGAAGAAAGGAAACUAGGCCAGAAGUUCGUGGUAGAUAUAGAUGCUUGGAUGGAUCUUGCAGCUGCUGGAAAAACUGAUCACUUAUCAGAUACAGUCAGUUACACAGCAAUAUAUGAUAUAGCCAAGGAAAUUCUUGAAGGGACACCUCACAACCUUCUGGAAUCAGUGGCCCAAAAAAUUGCAAUAACUACUCUGACAAAUCAUAAAGAAAUUUUAGCUGUUCGAGUGAAGGUUGGAAAGCCUCAUGUGGCAGUUCGAGGUCCAGUUGAGUACUUAGGCGUUGAGAUUUAUAGACGGAGGAGCGAUUUGUCAGGCUAAACUUUCAUAUUUGUUUUGGUUCCAUUCUCAUAUAUACUGCUGCAGAGCUUUUAUAUUUUCAAGAUCCAUUUGAUGCAAAAGUAAUGUAACUCUUUCCCUUGUAUCCCGUCAUUAGUCUUUGCUAUUUUAUAAGUCGGUCUUGUUGAUAAAAUUAAAAGUUAAGAAUUUAGGCAUACCAAAUAAACUAUAUAGAUAGUUUGGUCUCUCUAAAACAAAAAGAAUUUGCAAUAAGAUUGAUCGAGUUGCUUAA